UAUCACUAUAUUAUUUUGUAUAAUAAUCUUUUAAUUUUGUAUAACUUUACUGAACUCGAAAUGAAUUACAUAAAAUAUUGACCACACUGGAAAUGUUUGAGUCGCAAUAUUGCGAGCUGCCUGAAACCGUUAAGCGAGAGACGUUGCCUUACUACGAAUACUACUUGGGUGAGAAGGAUGAGCAGGACAGGAGACAUGGUGUUGGACAGAACUGCUGGACGGGUGCUGAGUCCAUCGAAUGGCAUUGUGGCCGUUUCCGCCGCGACACGAUGCACGGACCCGGCGAAUACCGCAGCCGAUAUAAAGGCAAAGCCGGGCUGUUCCUUACAUACGAGGGAAGAUUGUACGUGAACCGCAUGCACGGGUACGGGGUCAUGUCGUACCCGGACGGAAAAGUUUUCACUGGUUUAUUCAACAACGACAUCCGCUACGGCCCCGGCGUCGAGUCCUUCGCGGACGUCACCGCCAACGUCGGUCUCUGGCGUAGCACCAAGUUAGUCCGCCUAGCGUGGAGGCCGCUGCCUCCCGUGGCCCCUGAACUCGCAGCCUGGCCUGGAGGCCGAGCGAUCGUGGACCCACAUCGGGUUGUGAUGCAGACUUCUUUUAGAACUAUUGACAAAGUGAACAAAGCAGUGGAAUUCUUGAAGCAACACGGCUCAGAUCCAGUGUCCGCAACUGAAAACUGGGCACGACUGUAUCCUAAACAUUGUACGGACGUCGAGAGUCGACUGUGCCAUGUCGAGCUUUUUGACUACGAGUAUUAUGACGGGAAGGUGUAUUCGCUGAAGGAACAGGAUAGUUCUGAAUGCAAUGAUGAGGACCUUGAAAAAGAGAGCCAAAACAGUUUGGAAUACUCCGGCUCAUACUACGCAUGGAACAACGAUCCAGUAACUAUAGACAUGAUGAAACAUUGCUUUAAACAUGAAAAACAGAGAAAAGAGAUGCAAAUCGACUUGGUGGCUGUGCUGAGUGGGCUAAGGAGUCAAUUCCAGCCUCCGGCUAUGCAUGAAUUGGAUUGCAGGACUUUAUUAAUGGCCUGUUAUUUGGGCCAAGUGGCCACCACAACCUACCUCAUUAACGAGCGCGGAGUGGAUCCGAAUGUCACUGACAUGCUAGGGAAUUCUACUAUCAUGUAUGCUACUUGCGGAGACCAGGUCACCCUCAUAACCUUCCUAGCGGAGGGGGGUGCGGUUGUGAACAGUGCGAACGACUCAUGCUGUACUCCUCUGGGCGUGGCCCUGAUCAGGCUCCUGUGCGCUAGUAGAGACGUCCCGAGCAACGGGAUGAUCCAAGCCUUCGUACCGCCGCCGACUGCUCCUGCUAGUAAGUCGCAGAAACAAACCUACGAACCACCAACAGUAGAUUGGAAUAUAACCAGGGAGACACGAGCAGAGCCUACGAAAAACACAUUAGGAAAGGUAUCGAGCAAGAUAACCAAGAUGAAUAUGAAGAACAAAUCACUUACAUCUGUAAAAGAUCUCCCAAGUCCUAGUAAAAGAAACAUAGACACAUUAAAACCAAUAGAUGAAGAUGAUCUUGAAAGUAAAAUGUAUAGAGAUGUAAAUAAUGAAUAUAUGAUUAAAGUAACAGAUUCACUGGAACCAAUUGCUCAACCAGUAACAUAUCUAUUUGAGCUAAAUAAUAUGGUUGACGAAAUAAAUGCAGAACAAGCAAAAUUGGCACUACCUGAGAAAAAGGAUCCGAAAUCGAAGGCAUCCCAUGUUCUGAAAGAACAAAGUCACUCAAGAACUCAAGGAACUAAGCCGAGUAAAGAAGUAAUUUGGCAGAAUUCUCUAAAAGACGAGGAUGCUUCUAUGGCCAGCGCUGAUAUCCGUAAAGCAGAAGUAUGUAGUCGAAUUAAGUUGACAAUUCUCACACUCCUCGAAAACGGUGCGAAGCCAAGCCUGGUGCGAUGUCCGCAACCGGCACUUGUCAUGGCGAUCCUGUCAGGGUCCCCGGAUUUGGUGGAUCGUUUGAUACACUACGGCGCUGAUGUAAAUGAGGUUUAUCCUCAGCAUUUGAACUACGCGCCACUAGACAUAGCAGUGUCCCUGCCGCUAAAUCAAACGACCCUAGACUUGGUCCAAACAUUGCUGAUGGGUGGUGCAAGCGCUGAUCAUCGGCUGAGCAUCGCCAAGCCUGCUUCGCCAAGGGAAGAGGCAGGACAGAUAGAACUGGGGCCGGGGCCGACGUUGCUCCAUUAUGUUUUGUCGAGGAGAGUGGAAAUCGAAGCCGAGGAAGAUAUUCGAAGACAAAUCAUUCACCUCUUGGUCGAAUACGACUGCGACCCAUUAGAGCGAUACAACGGACGUUCAGCUCUCGACGAAGCGACUAAGAGCCUGGACCUUUUGGACGUCAUCAUCAAAAAUCCCAAAACCAACUUGAACGCUGCCAUUGACGAUUCUAACCAAACUAUUCUGGUCAAGAUGUUCUAUAUACCGUACUUCAAGACAGUGGGUAAUGUGGAGCGGAGUCAAACGCUAACAAACCUUUUAUUGUUUGGAGCCGAUCCGUUGAUUGAAUGUGAAUGUGAAGGCGUCAAAUAUCAGAAUCUAUUCGUGUUGGUCAAACAGACGUUUGAGAUGAGUCCAUCUGGUGGGUCUAAGUCAAAAUUGACCAGCCCACCCAAAAAGCUAGAAGCAAAAUCAAGCUUGACAAAGGGUAAAAAACCUGAACCGAAAAAAGUAGAUACCUUAGCGUCCGAUGAUAUUGCGGACCUCAAGCAAGCGGUUGACCUGAUGACGGAGUGUUCAAGGAUAAUUUACAUCAGGUGGCUACAAACGCAGCUCGCUAAAGAAAUCAUACAAGUCAUUGACAGAUAUGAGCACCGGCAUUGGAGCAUGAUAAUCAAAGAAUGUAAAAACAAAAAAGCAGCCGGUCUUUGGAUUACUGCUCAACGUUGUUUUGAAAUCUGGGGCCGUCUUAAGACCACUAAAAAUAAAGUUUACCAAGACAAAAUCGUUCUAUGGAAUCUGCUUUGCAUUGCCCACUUCUUCCAUCUAAGAUCGGUGACGGAAUAUGGUUUUAACAAAGUGACAGCCGCAGAAAAACAUGAGUCUGAGUCUUAUGCGAAUAAUAUCUUAAAAGAUAAUAAGAAGAGUCCAAUGGUGCCAUUGCUGCGAUAUGUUCAACCAGAGCUCUUUGUUAAGGCGGAUGCCAAAUUCAACGUGUGCUUUGAAUGCUUCUUGCCCCUCGCCGAGGACCGAAUCCUGUGUACCUCCUGUAAGAUUGUCUCAUUUUGCAAUAUAGACUGUUUAAAAGAAAGCAUUGAGAAGAGCAACGGUCACGCAUGCAAUGAUUAUCUCAUUCUUAAAUAUUUCCCGAAACCAUUGAAAACCAUUAAUGACGACGAACCUGUACAAAACGAACCGUCCGUAAUAAAAUAA